UUUUUUUUUUUUUAAAUGAUUUAUAAUUAGCAACUUCAGUUGUCAUGCCAUCAAUAAUUUCAACUAAUUUAAAUGAACCACCUCAAAGGAAAUUCUUUAAUAAUAUUACAUCAACAAAGACACAUGCUCGACAUUUCAUGUCGAAUGGUAUAAAUUAUGAUAAGAAACCCUCCCCUAUAAAUAAUCUAAUCAAUAGCAGCCAUAGCUAUCAUCCCCAACAUCGCGUUUCCUUAUCAGAUAAUUCAAAGUUCUUGAUUUGUUGUUUUAUGUGGUAUUUUACGUCUUCACUUUCCAGUAAUACAGGCAAACAAAUAAUGAAUCAGUUUAAAUAUCCAGUAACAUUAACUUUUAUUCAGUUUCUUCUUGUGGCCUGCUGGUGUGCUAUUGUGGAAAGUAUAUUUAAAUCAUCUACUGGUAUUAAGAAUCCAACAAAAGCUAUCAUAACCACUAUGGCACCUCUUUCUUUGUUUAUGACAGUCGGUCAUAUAUUUUCAAGUAUAUCCAUUAGUCGUAUUCCCGUUAGUCUUGUACACACAAUCAAGGCAUUAGCACCUUUGUUUACUGUUCUAUUUUAUCGAUUUAUUUUCAAAGUUAAUUAUUCAUCCAAAGUAUAUACAGCUUUAAUACCUUUAACAUUAGGUGUAAUUCUGGCAUGUUCAUUCACAUUCUCAAAUAAUUGGAUUGGACUAUCAUGUGCAUUAGUGUCUUGCUUAAUUUUUGUCAUGCAAAACAUCUUUAGUAAAAAAUUACUGUUCAAGGAAUCCAAGAUGGGAAAUAAUAAUCCAGAUAAAUUAGACAAGAUGAACAUGCUUUUUUAUUCUAAUCUUAUUGCCUUUUCCUUGAUGAUUCCACUUUGGUUCUAUUCAGAUGCAAGUCGAUUUUUGUUUGAGGAAACACAUCGUGAUAUCAGUAAAACACGAUUAUUGACAUAUUUUUUAUUAAAUGGAACAACUCAUUUCGCACAGAAUUGGUUUGCUUUUACAACCUUAGCCAUGUCAUCUCCAGUGACAUAUUCUAUUGCUUCACUUGUUAAGCGUAUUUUUGUGAUCGUCAUGAGUAUUCUUUGGUUUGGACAGCAAGUGAGUUUAGCACAAAGUUUUGGUAUCGUAUUAACCUUUAUUGGUUUAUGGAUGUACCAACAAGCGAAAAGAGAAGUAGAUCAAGGCGAAACAAAAGCAUGUGAAAAAUCGCUUGAGGUAUUACCCACCUCUAAUCAUGUCCAUGAUGAACCCAAUCAUACAUUAGGAACCAUCUCCUUGAAGAAAUGGAUUGGAAAUCAUUUACCUAAAUCUAAUGCAGCAAGGGAAACAAAGCUUUUGUAGAUAUAAUAAUUAGAUUUUUUUUUUUUAUAAAUAUCUUUGUUGUACAAUAUUUAUUAUUAAAAAGAAAAAAGGAAGAAGAAGAAAGAGGACAAAAAAAAAACGAGUAUUUUAUCUUAUUUUAUUUAAUUUUUUUAUUGAUCUGCUUUUGUAAUAAUAAAGAGUCGUCUCUCUUUGUGUAUAUUUUA